AUGGAUGGUGAUGGCAACACUUUCAGCAACUACCGUGUGGAAACGGAAGAGAACGGCAAGCUUCCCCGGAAAAUUUGCAAUCUUGUCAAGUUUUGUUUGUUUCUGCUAGUCUGGAUGUACUCUUCAGUAUAUCUUAUCACGACUGCGCCGAAAGUGCCAAGUACCUUUCUCGUGCCAGUGCUGCCGUACAGGCAGUAUGUGAUCAAGUCGAGGGAUAGAAAACAUCACAGUGAUAUAGACAUUGAGUUUUCCGGUCCCCUCAACAAGAGGCUAAUCAAACAUCCCGACCAGGCAACCAAUUUAGAUCCAUAUAUUAAAGUUCAAGUCGAGAGCUUCGAUGCGAUGGCCAAUGAGACAGCACUGGAGUCCCAAGCAUGGGUCCUCUUCUUGCUCGCCAAUCAGGAUGAAAUGAGCUACACUAUAAAAAAGGAGUUCACACUCAAAAAAAAAAAAAGAAGGCACCCGCAGGACAACCAACCGUCGACAAGCCGCGGGGACUACCACGAGCUCAACGUAAUACUCACAAACUACCACAGUGGGGCGUUCGGCCUGUUCGUGGUCAUCAAUUAUAACCCGGUUAGCACGCAUGUCGGCGUCGCGGGCGGAAUAAUGCUACUUAUUUUUCUGUAUGUGCUGAUCAUAUGGGAUCUAGCGGAUCGUGCAUUUGUGUCUCUGCUCAUUUCCAUGGGAGGAAUGGGACUGCUGUGCAUGAUGAACGCGCGUCCUCUAUUGACCGAAUUCUUGAAAUGGAUCCAUCUAGAUUGCCUAAUGUAUGUCUUUCUACUGAUGCUAAUAGUCAGAAUUGUGGAUGAGACGGCUGUCUUUGAUUUCAUAGCGGCGCUCGCAUAUGGGGCCUCACGUGGCAAGCCCUGGCUACUCGUACUCAUUCUGUGCGUCUGCGCUGCGAUCUUCUCCGCCUUACUCGACAACGUGACCAUGGUAUUGUUAAUGGGCCCGAUUAUAUUUCGGCUGUGCCAUAAAUUAGCGCUGUGCACUACAAUAGUCCUCAUGAGUGUUACGAUGUUCGCCAACAUUGGAAAUGUACUGUCUCCUUUGAAUAAGCACUCGAUUUUGAAGUUUGAUAUCGAUCCGGCCUUCAAGGCGCAGCACAUCACCUAUGGCAACUAUGUUCUGCACCUAAUUCCGGGCGUCAUUUUGAGUAUGGUGGUUGCCUACGCAGUGCUCUACGGAUUUUUUCAGAAAUAUUUAUAUAACACGAGUAAAGUAUUUGGAUCGAUAUCAUCGCUUCAAGUUCGCGCCGACAAAUUGAAAAAAGUCGGUGCUCAUCUAAGUCAGUAUCAGAACAAUCGUAUUACGCAGCUGAGGAGGAUUGAGAAUGUGCAGCCCGAAGAGAGAAAGAAUGUGGACUUUCAGUUAGUCCUGUCCGACUUAAAGGCCAAUUGUAUCGUGACGAAUUUGCCGCUGCUCAUUGGGUGCUGUAUAUCCCUGGCCGUUCUUUUUGUCCUCUGCCUGCCCACAAUAGAUAACACUCUCCACCAUUUGGAACCAAGCUGGAUAGCACUGUUCGCCACAAUGCUGCUGCUCAUCUUGGGCAACCUGCAGGAGCUCGACGUACUAUUGGCGCGGAUUGAUUGGAGGUCUCUAAUAUUCAUCGCUGCACUGCUGGUGCUAUUCAAAUCGAUUCGCUACCUGGGUAUCGAUUACUGGACGAUCAACGUGAUUCACAACCUUGUGUGCAAUACCAGAAAGGACCGACAGCUAGCCGUCAGCAUCUUAGUGCUAACCGCGGUGGCAGCCAUUGAGUCCGCCGUUAUGCCUAACAUGGUGAUAAAAUCAUUGAUGGUCACCGAGGCCAUCAACUUGAGCGCCAGCUGCGAUUUGCCCUUUGCACCGCUCCUGUGGUCCAUCGCCUAUGGCUCUUCUUUCGGCGAAAAUUCCAACUUAAUCUGUUCCUUGGCCAAUGUGAUAGCAGCAGGACUUGCCCACCAAGAAGGCUACCGAUAUACGUAUAAAAAUUUCUUUAUCAUCGGCUUUCCUGUAACACUGGCGACCUUGUUGAUCUCAACUAUGUAUCUAAUGUUCGCACAUCUAGUUUUUAACUGGCAUGGCACUUCGGUACAGUCUUAG